CAGAAUUAUAAAAGUAAUAGUGUUUCAAAUUUACAUUUAGCAGACAUUCCGAUAUUGCUAGAAAAUUUGUUAUGAAAAGACCUCUACCGUCCGUAAAUACAAAGCCUAUAUCAAUAUGGAUUCGGGGGGCAAGACAUACGGUAUUACGUCGCCCAUCAGUUUAGCUGAGCCGACGGAAAAAGACCGAGUGUUAACCGAGAAGCUAAUCGAACAUAUUGAACCUUAUGGUGUGUUUGAAUCUGAAAGUGAACAUUCAGCUCGUCGGAUUGUCCUUGGAAAAUUAAAUGAAAUAGUGAAAGAAUUCGUUAUGAAUGUCAGUGAAGAAAGGAAACUGCCCCAAUCCUUGAUUGACACAGCUGGAGGGAAGUUGUACACAUUUGGAUCAUAUCGACUUGGUGUAUGCGCCAAGGGUGCCGAUAUUGACACAUUAUGUGUGGUACCCCGUCAUGUGAACAGAUCCGAUUUCUUCUCCGUUUUCUGCACGCUUUUAAAAGAAAGAAGUGAGGUGUCAGAGCUCAGGGCAAUUGAAGAUGCAUUUGUCCCGGUCAUCAAGUUAAAGUUUGAGGGCGUUGAGAUUGACAUCCUCUUCUCCCGUCUUGCUCUACAAGUUGUUCCUCCAGACCAAGAUCUUCGAGAUGAUUCCCUUCUCAAGAACCUGGAUAUCCGAUGCAUCCGGAGUUUAAACGGAUGUAGAGUCACAGACGAGAUCCUACAUCUAGUUCCAAAUAUUGAAAACUUUCGACUUACAUUGAGAGUUAUCAAAUUAUGGGCCAAACGUAAAGGAAUAUACAGUAACAUGCUUGGUUACUUGGGAGGUGUAUCGUGGGCCAUGCUGGUAGCAAGGACAUGCCAGCUUUAUCCCAACGCCAUUGCCUCUACAUUGGUGCAAAGGUUUUUUUGGGUGUUUUCUCAAUGGGAAUGGCCGCGUCCAGUGUUGCUAAAGCAACCUGAAGAGUCCAACACCCUUAACCUACCAGUAUGGGAUCCCCGUUAUAACCCAUCGGACCGACUUCACCUCAUGCCCAUUAUAACCCCCGCAUAUCCGCAACAAAACUCAACUUACAACGUUACCCGGUCAUCCCUGACUGUAAUGAAAGGGGAGUUUAUUGACGGGUAUCGAGUUACCGCUGAGAUCCACGAGAAUAAAUCAAGUUGGUUAAAACUCCUGGAAACUCCAAAUUUUUUCAAUGAAUAUAAACAUUUCAUUGUGCUGAUGGCAAGCGCAGAGUCGCAGGAGAACUUUAACUUAUGGACUGGUCUCGUCGAAUCGAAAAUCCGUAUUUUGGUCGGGUACCUGGAACGUAAUGAUUAUAUACUUAUUGCACAUAUUAAUCAGACGGGGUAUCCUCAGGAAGUCAAAGAAAAAGAUGUCACGACAGCGUACGUCAACAGAUGGUUUCUCGGUCUGAGGUUCGUCAAGGAUUUAAUAAGCACCAACAUAAACCUCACACACGAUAUACAGGCGUUCACUGACACUUUGCACAGACAAGCUCACAACUCAAAGGUCUUUAAAGAAGGAAUGAAGGUUGAAGCCACUUAUUCUCGGAGGAGCCAACUCCCAAAGUAUCUUCCUGAGAGCAUCGCUGCCACCAUCCGAAGAUCAAGCAAAUCAUCUUUAUCAAGAAAGAAGGCGCACGCUGCAGUUGUCAUGGCGUCGAGUCCUUCUUCCAACGACCUCACCAACAGCAAUAUUCGAACUGAAUCCCCCGUAAACAGCACCAAUACCUCACUUAAUAACGUGUCAAUGACAUCCAUUGACUCCGAAGUGUCGCGCGUUCAGACCCCGACCCCGCCACCAGAAGAGCCCACGGCAUCUUCGGCAGCCCCGUGCACGUCGACCGACACCCCAAUGGUCACAUCCCCCAGCAAGCCUCAAAAAUCCGAUUCACCCUCCUCAACGGUUGAAACAAAAUCUUCUGAAUUCGGAAUCACUAGGACAAUAACUGUCCACCGGAAUGAGAUAAAAUCGAAAAAAAAUUACAAAACUUCAGAAAAGCGUGCCCCGUCUCCGCUGGCAUCUGCCAUACCCACAGUGAACAACUCGCGAAUGAACCACGUCCGUCCAAUGGAGUCUAACCACACAACACCGAUGCAUAUACAAACCAUACCUGUAUUAUCACGACAUACUUCUGCUCAUCAUCAGUCUUCAUCUGAUACAAUAUACUCCACCAACCAGGUCUCUCAGAUUCCAUCUUUCUACCAAACCCAGCACCCGAUUCAAACUAUAAACAGGAACCAUGUUAUGGUAACGCCAUUCACCACUAUACAACAAAUCCCAAGCUACCAGGCGUACCAGCAAAUUCCAAGCCAUGUCCCUAUACAGAUGGGACACAGGCAAGCCAACCCUGGAAACCUACACAACAUGCAUACGAUGAGAACUCACUCGGAGCCUAUGGAUCUUAAGGGGAGUUCCCUAAAAAGGCCCCAUUCACCCAUCCAACCGGAGCUUGUACAGAUCCACAACAAACUGUUCAGCCCCCAGAGAAGUUCAACUAUUGGGAGCGGGGUAAAAUCACCCAAUCAGAGAUCUGGAAGUGAAUUGUCCGACUCUCCGUCUCAUAUUCGAACUGUCCCACUUCUCAAAGACAACAUUAAACUAAAAACCAAAAUUGGAACUCAUUCUAACCACAGAUGACAAGAAACAUGAUGCCCAUACAGGGUCUAGUUGCAGAUGUCAUCAAAAUUUAGCUGCAGUUGAUUGGAGGUCAACACUGCUUGGGCAUGCGGCAACACUGGCAAACAAUGGGUAUGUAAGUGAGAAGUAGCAGCCGGCCAGAUUGACUACGGUUUUAUGUUUCAUUGCGCCCCGUUUUUUCGUGUCUUUCUUUUAAAAAAAAGUACAAAAUCAAGAAAAAAAUGUGAUCAUGGCUGAAACUUUUGACGAGAGCGUUUCUGGCAACAAUCAAAGUUUAAAAGAAGAAUUUUUGUUUUCGGAUUCUGUUUUUUUGGCAACAGACUAACGUCAAAUUAACCUUUUCUGUGGACAGCAAACUUUGUCAAUGUAUUCAGCUUUGUUUUUACACUUUUUGUGUGUUUUGUGCCUUCUUUCCCUGUAUUGGAUUCAUUUUAGGCAAUUUUGUGAGCGCAUUUUGUUUUAUAAGAACAUUCAACUAAUAUUUUAUUCAGAUUUCGGAAAUCUUGGUUCAUAUUUGUUAAGUGUCUCUGUCUACUUUUUGUACUUUUAUCAUAAUUUAGGCAUAUUCUCAUUUAAUCUGUUUUGCAUUUUUCAACAUGUACAGGUAAAAAUAAAAAAAACGGCUGCGUUA